AGAGAAGAACAGGGAAGAGACAAGGAUGGAAAAAGUUCUUCUGAUCAUCAUCGCUCUUUCAGGGCUGAGCGCUGUCUCCUCACAUGCUGAACGUCAGUACCAUUUUGUUUCUGAAGCAAAGAACAUGUCUGAAGCACAGAGAUACUGCAGAGAGAAACACACAGACCUGGCCACUGUAGACAGCAUGGAGGUUGUGGAGCUCCUGAACAACAUGGCAGGCCAAUACAAACAAUCAGCCUGGAUAGGGCUGUACGAUGACCGGGACACCUGGAAGUGGUCGAUGUCAGACCCAAGCUUCUACGGACCGGGGGAGACGGAGUUCAGAGGAUGGCAGUCUGGACUACCAUACAACGCUGUAUGUUGUGGUGCCUCUACUCAACUUCUCUGGGCUCCAUUUUCAGGGCCGGAUGCAACAUUUGUCCCCAUCAACAUCGCAAUGACAUGGACUGAGGCCCAGAGCUACUGCAGAGAACACCACACAGACCUGGCCAGUGUGAGAAACCAGACAGAGAACCAGCAGAUUGUUGAGCUGGUAUCUAGAUCUUGGUAUUGGAUCGGCCUUUACAGAGACUCCUGGAAGUGGUCCGAUGGAAGUAACUUCUCCUUCAAGUACUGGAAAGUAAAUGAACCUAACUACAUAGGUCUUAAUGCUUGUGUGGCUGCAGCUUUCGACGACUCUGGAGAAUGGGAGGACUUGGACUGUGGAGUGAAGAAACCAUUAAUUUGCUACGGACCUGUGCCUGUUGUGCCUGUUACGACUCCUGAGACUAGUGUGCCUGUUGUGCCUGUUACGACUCCUGAGACUAGUGUGCCUGUUGUGCCUGUUACGACUCCUGAGACUAGUGUGCCUGUUGUGCCUGUUACGACUCCUGAGACUAGUGUGCCUGUUGUGCCUGUUACGACUCCUGAGACUAGUGUGCCUGCUGUGCCUGUUACGACUCCUGAGACUAGUGUGCCUGUUGUGCCUGUUACGACUCCUGAGACUAGUGUGCCUGCUGUGCCUGUUGUGCCUGUUAUGACUCCUGAGACUAGUGUGCCUGUUGUGCCUGUUACGACUCCUGAGACUAGUGUGCCUGUUGUGCCUGUUACGACUCCUGAGACUAGUGUGCCUGCUGUGCCUGUUACGACUCCUGAGACUAGUGUGCCUGUUGUGCCUGUUACGACUCCUGAGACUAGUGUGCCUGUUACGACUCCUGAGACUAGUGUGCCUGUUGUGCCUGUUACGACUCCUGAUACUAGUGUGCCUGCUGUGCCUGUUACGACUCCUGAGACUAGUGUGCCUGUUGUGCCUGUUACGACUCCUGAGACUAGUGUGUCUGCUGUGCCUGUUGUGCCUGUUGUGCCUGUUUCAAUGAAAGUGAUAAAGGUGAGGGUGGAGAACCCAAACGGUGUGGAUCUGAACGACCAAGCUUUUCUGGAUGCGAUGUUGGUGGAGGCGAAAAAGAACCUAAGGGCCCAGGGAUUGGACGACAACGUCCAACUGGCCUGGAGGAAGCAGCCGGAUGGAAAAGUCUUCCACGAGGAGGAGGAGAAGAAGAGGGAUGACAGCCUCCUCAGAGGAGUAAAGGAGGAAGAGGAGGAGGAAGAGGAGGAAGGAUCAGCUGAUGAAGAGAGCUUCGUCCCACAACAGCUGCACAUCUACAGUCUCAUUCCAAAAGAGAGGAACAGGGAAGAGACAAGGAUGGAAACAGUUCUUCUGAUCAUCAUCGCUCUUUCAGGGCUGAGCGCUGUCUCCUCACAUGCUGAACGUCAGUACCAUUUUGUUUCUGAAGCAAAGACCAUGUCUGAAGCACAGAGAUACUGCAGAGAGAAACACACAGACCUGGCCACUGUAGACAGCAUGGAGGUUGUGGAGCUCCUGAACAACAUGGCAGGCCAAUACAACCAAUCAGCCUGGAUAGGGCUGUACGAUGACCGGGACACCUGGAAGUGGUCGAUGUCAGACCCAAGCUUCUACGGACCGGGGGAGACGGAGUUCAGACCAUGGGGGACUGGACAACCAAGCAACUGGCAAGAUUACCAAUGCACAUAUUUUUAUUCUGGUGGAACAGGAACAUGGUUUAGUUUAUAUCGUCAUUACCCCCUCUGGGUGAUCUGCUUUGAUGUCACAGGGCAGAGUGCAACAUUUGUCCUCAUCAAGAGCCUAAUGACAUGGACUGAUGCCCAGAGCUACUGCAGAGAACACCACACAGACCUGGCCAGUGUGAGAAACCAGGCGGAGAACCAGCAGCUUGAUGAGCUGAUACCUGGAGGUGGAUAUAAUGCCUGGAUCGGCCUUUACAGAGACUCCUGGAAGUGGUCAGAUGGAAGCAACUCCUCCUUCAAGUACUGGAAAGUAAAUGAACCUAACUACAGAGGUCUCAAAGCUUGUGUGGCUGCAGCUUUCGACGACUCUGGAAAAUGGGAGGACUUGGACUGUGGAGUGGAGAAACCAUUCAUUUGCUACGGACAUGUUGUGCCUGUUGUGCCUGUUGUGCCUGUUUCAAUGAAAGUGAUAAAGGUGAGCGUGGAGAAACCAAACGGUGUGGAUCUGAACGACCCCGCUUUUCUGGAUGCGAUGUUGGUGGAGGCGAAAAAGAACCUAAGGGCCCAGGGAUUGGACGACAACGUCCAACUGGCCUGGAGGAAGCAGCCGGAUGGACAAGUCUUCCACGAGGAGGAGGAGAAGAAGAGGGAUGAGCUCUAAAGCUGAAUUGCUGUGUGUGAUUUUUAUCAGAGAAAAGUGUAUUUCUUUCCUCAAAGUCCUCGUGUUACAGAAUACAGCUGCAACAAUGAUCUGAAUAAUCAAUUAGUUACGAUCAUUUUGAUAGAAGAUAGAGAAUCUAAUGCUUUUCCUUGUUAUAUAUGGUUAUGAAUUUAAUAUGUUUAGGGUUUUUACUAUUGAAUGUAUUUGGCCGGUGGGAAAUAAUAAUAAAAUGUUUGGCUUUUGUUGAAUUUUGAUCAAGAUUAAAUUACCAAUAA